AUGGACCGAGAGGAAAAUGCCCGGCGGUGGCUUUUAUACCUCCUGCUGCCGGUCCUGUUCUACGGGGUUGGAGGCACCAUCCCUACCCCUCAGAGGCUCUACGGGGAGGUGACAUCCCCUUUGUUCCCCAAGCCUUACCCUAACAAUUUUGAGAGGACCACUGUGAUCACAGUACCCACGGGGUACAGAGUGAAGCUUGUCUUCUGGCAGUUUGACCUGGAGCCUUCGGAAGGUUGUUUCUAUGACUAUGUCAAGAUUUCUGCUGAUAAGAAGACCAUGGGGAGGUUCUGUGGGCAGCUGAGUUCUCCCCUGGGCAACCCCCCAGGAAGGAAGGAAUUCAUGUCCCAAGGGAACAAGAUGCUGCUGACCUUCCACUCGGACUUCUCCAAUGAGGAGAACGGCACCAUCAUGUUCUACAAGGGCUUCCUGGCAUACUACCAAGCCGUGGACCUGGACGAAUGUGCCUUGCAGCUCAACUCGGUUGAGGAGGACACCCCGCCUGGGUGCCAACACUUGUGCCACAACUACGUUGGCGGCUAUUUCUGCUCCUGCCGUCCAGGCUAUGAGCUCCAGCAGGAUGGGCGUUCCUGCCAGGCCGAGUGCAGCAGCGAGCUGUUCACGGAGCCCUCUGGCUACAUCUCCAGCUUGGAGUACCCCCAACCCUACCCCCCCGACCUGCGCUGCAACUACAGUAUCCGAGUAGAGCGGGGCCACACCCUCCACCUCCAAUUCCUGGAGCCUUUUGAAAUCGAUGACCACCAGCAAAUACACUGUCCCUACGACCAGCUGCAGAUCUAUGUCAAGGGGAGGAACAUUGGUGAGUUCUGUGGAAAGCAAAGGCCCGAGCACAUUGAUGCCCAAAGCAACUCGGUGGACCUGCUCUUCUUCACGGACGAGUCAGGGGACAGCCGGGGCUGGAAGCUGUACUACACUAGUGAAGUCAUCAAGUGCCCCCAGCCCAAGACCCUGGACUCAUACACCAUCAUUCAGGACCCGCAGCCUCAAUACCAGUACCGGGACUAUUUCAUCGCCACGUGCAAAAAAGGCUACGAGCUCGUGGAGGGCAACAAGGUGCUCCUAUCCUUCACAGCUGUCUGCCAGGAUGAUGGCACAUGGCACCGAGCCAUGCCCAGGUGCAGGAUCAAGAACUGCGGGCGGCCCCGAAGCCUGCCCAAUGGGGCCUUCAAUUACAUCACCAGAGAAGGGGUGAAUACCUACGAGGCCCGCAUCCAGUACUACUGCCAUGAGCCCUUCUACAAGAUGCACACCAAAGACAGCACACGCGAGUCUGAGCGAGGGCUGUACACCUGCACCGCUCAGGGCAUUUGGAAGAAUGAGCUGGUAGGAGAGAAGGUGCCUCGGUGUUUGCCAGUAUGCGGGAAGCCAGUCCACCCCGUGGAGCAGAGGCAACGCAUCAUUGGAGGCCAGAAGGCGAAGCUGGGCAACUUCCCCUGGCAGGCCUACACCAACAUCCACGGGCCCGGGGGUGGCGCACUGCUAGGGGACCGCUGGAUCGUCACAGCCGCGCACACCAUCUACCCCAAGGACCACGAGGCACAGGGCAGCCCCAAUUUAGACGUGUUCCUGGGCCACAUCAACGUGGAAGAUAUCACCAAGCUGUCCAACCACCCAGUCCGUAGGGUCAUAAUCCACCCAGACUACCGCCAGGAAGAGUCCCACAAUUUUGAGGGGGACAUCGCCCUCCUGGAGCUGGAAAAUAGCGUCACCCUAGGCCCCAACCUCCUACCUAUCUGCCUCCCAGACAACGAGACCUUCUAUGACCCGGGUCUCGUGGGCUAUGUCAGUGGCUUUGGGAUCAUGGAGGAGAGAAUUUCUCACAACCUCAGAUUUGUCCGUCUGCCAGUAGCUAGGCGAGAGAUUUGCGAGCGCUGGCUCCGGCAAAAAAACAGGAAUGAUGUGUUUUCUGAAAACAUGUUCUGUGCUGGGAACCCAGCCACAAGGCAGGAUUCCUGCCAAGGGGAUAGUGGAGGGGUCUUUGCAGUGAGUGAUAAGAAAAAUGACCGCUGGGUGGCCACAGGCAUCGUGUCCUGGGGCAUCGGGUGUGGAGAAGGGUACGGGUUCUACACCAAUCUCCUCAACUAUGUGGACUGGAUCAAGAAAGUGAUGGAAGCAGAAGACUGA